AUGGCGCGCCAGUACCUCGCGCUCGCGCUGCUGCUGCUCGCGGUCACCAUCUCGACGACCGCCGUGACAACAGCGAAUGGCGCGACGCUCGUCAUCAGCAACAUCGACCGCAGCCUGACGGUCGACAACUACACCAUCUACGGCCAGACCAUAUACGACAACGAAACCGGCGCCCUCGUCAAGCCGACGAAGAACCCCGACGGGUCGCUCACGGUGGAAGGCAAGUACACGUGGUACCCGAACGGCACCAUCGCCGCUCCUGGUGUGACUAUAUACAUCGCCGGCGCGGCCAGCUUUGUGGAGAUUGCCAACACGAAGCUGUUCGGCAAGGGCGGCAUUGCGCGAAACGCGGCGACGGGCGCGGUGAUCCCGUGGGUUGAGAAUCCCGAUGGCUCGUUCACCGCCGGCGACAUCACCGGCAGUGGCGGAGGCAUGAACCCUGACGGCAGUGUGGCGUUGGGCGCGGACUACAAGGUGCUGCCCAACGGCACGGUGGUGGACUCCUCUGGCAAACCCGUCAAGCCCGUCGCCAAUCCCGAUGGCUCGUUCACCGUCGGCGGCAAGUACACUGCCUACCCCAACGGCACGAUUGUGGGUCCCGACGGGUCGGUGGUAGAAACCGGCAAGAAAUUCACCGUCAAUCCAGACGGCACCAUCGCUGUCACUCCCGACCCCAGCAGCACCAACCUGACUGUCAACCCCGAUGGCAGCCUGUCCUUCGGACCCGGCUACACCAUGUUACCUAGCGGCCUGGUGGUUGACUCCACUGGAGCUUUUGUCACGCCCACUCUCAACCCGGAUGGGUCGUAUUCUGUUAACGGUGACUACACGGCGUACACCAAUGGCACCGUCACUGCUCCCGGUGUUUCAAUCGCCACUGUCUCCGGCGCGCCUGAAUACACAAUUGGCGGCACGACGAUGCUGGCGAAUGGCACGGUGCUGGACGCGGCUAGGAAGCCGAUCAAGCCGAUGGCGAACGCAGAUGGGUCGUUCACAGCGGGUGACAUCACAGGGUUUCCGAACGGCACACUUUUGGGCGCCAACGGUGCGGUUGUCAACACUGGCAAGCAGUUCGCCGUUGCCCCUGAUGGCACCAUCGCCGUCACCUCUCCUGCGCCUGGCUCCAACCCUGCACCUGGCUCCAUCCCUGGUCCCAUUCCGUCUGACCCCAGCAGCACCAAUCUGACGUUCAACCCCGAUGGCAGCCUGUCUUUCGGGCCCGGCUACACCAUGCUGGCAAACGGCACGGUGGUUGACUCCUCUGGAGCCCCUGUUGCUCCCAUUCGCAAUCCGGAUGGGUCCUACUCCGUCGGCGCUGGCUACACUGCCUACACCAACGGCACGCUCGCAGCUCCCGGUGUUGCCAUUGAUCGCGUCGGCGCGCCUGGGUAUACGAUAGGCAGCACGAAGAUGCUGGCCAAUGGCACGGUGCUGGACGCGGCUGGAGUGCCGAUCACGCCGACGGAUAAUGGGGAUGGGUCGUUCACAGCGGGCGAGCUGACAGGGUAUGAGAACGGCACACUUGUGGGCGCCAACGGUGCCGUGGUCAACACCGGCAAGCAGUUCACCAUCAACCCUGAUGGCACCAUCACUGUCACAUCUGCUGCCCCUGGUUCCAUCCCCGCGCCUGGCUCUGCCCCUGCACCUGGCUCUGCCUCUGCACCUGGCUCUGAGGCUGCACCUGGCUCUGCCCCUGCACCUGGGUCUGAAACUGCACCUGGGUCUGAAACUGCACCUGGGUCUGAAACUGCACCUGGGUCUGAAACUGCACCUGGCUCUGUUCCUGCGCCUGGGUCCGAGACUUCGCCUGGCUCAGAGGCUGCACCUGGCUCAGAGGCUGCACCUGGCUCAGAGGCUGCACCUGGCUCAGAGGCUGCACCUGGCUCUGAGACUGCUCCUGGCUCCAACCCUGCACCUGGGUCCAGCCCCGGUCCCACUCCCUCCGACCCCAGCGGCACCAGGCUGACGUUCAACCCGGACAACACCUUAUCAUUCGGGCCCGGCUACACUCUCUUGGCCGACGGCACAGUCACUGACUCCACUGGCGCCGCUGUCUCUCCCACUCGCAAUCCCGAUGGCUCCUUCACUGUCGGCGGCGACUACACUGCCUACCCCAAUGGCACGCUCACUGCUCCUGGUGUUGCUGUCAGCAUGGCCGGCACGACAGGAGUCACAAUUGGCAGCACGACGAUGCUGGCCAAUGGCACGGUGCUGGACGCGGCAGGAGCGCCCAUUGUUCCCACGGAUAACGGAGACGGGUCGUUCACAGCGGGUGACAUCACAGGGUAUGAGAACGGCACACUUAUGGGCGCCAACGGUGCUGUGGUCAACACUGGCAAGCAGUUCGCCGUUACCCCCGAUGGCACCAUCACCGUCGGCGCCCCUGGCUCUGCCCCUGCGCCUGGCUCCCUCCCUGGCCCCGUUCCUUCCCCCGGCCCCCCUCCUUCCAGCGGCGGCAGCGUGACGUUCAACUCCGAUGGCAGCCUGUCGUUUGGACCCGGCUACACUCGCUUCCCCAACGGCACGGUUGUGGACUCCGCCGGUGCGCUCGUCCCCCCUACCAAGAACACAGACGGGUCUGUCUCCGUGGGCGGAGACUACAUCUUCUAUCCCAACAACACCUUCACUGCACCCGGCCUCUCCUUUGCUCAGACCGGCGGGCGGCUCACCAUCGGAGCCACGACAAUCCUGGCCAAUGGCACGGUGCUGGAUGCAGCAGGGCAGGCGAUUCAGCCAGUUGUGAACUCGGAUGGAUCGGCAGCGACGGCGGGAGAUGUGACGGUGUACAGCAACAGCACGAUCACCGGGACAAACGGUGCGGCUGUGAGCACCUUCAGAAAGACCACCAUCAGCCCCGAUGGCACCAUCACCUUUGGCGACGUCACUCCCAGCCCCAGCACCCCCCCUGCAUCUCCUACUCCCUCCUCUGCUACUCCAUCCUCCGCAGCUGCUGCACCGCCACCACCCAAGCCUGCUGGCUCUCUUGCUCCACCAGUCACUGUCUUGGCCACCGCCAUCACUGUUGCGCUCAGCUCCCUGCUCUUUGUGUAG